GAGCACACUCUCACCGUCUGACUCUCUGCUCGUCUUCUUCUUCCUAUUCUUCUUCUUCUUCUUCUUCUUCUUCUUCUUGAGUCUGCGGUUGGACAAUGCACACCAAAGGAAGCUCCUGCUGCUGCUCCUUUGAGGACUACAAACUCACCACUGAGUGGCUUCUGAACCACACGAGCCACCGUCCGAAGGUCGCAGUGAUCUGUGGUUCAGGACUCGGUUUGCUGGCUGACGGAGCCGCAAACAAAGACACCUUCAGGUACCAGGACAUCCCCAACUUCCCCGUCAGCACAGUCGCGGGUCAUGAAGGCUGUCUGGUGUUUGGGACGAUUGAGGACACUUCCUGUGUCUUCAUGCAGGGUCACUUCCACCUGUACGAAGGUUAUUCUCUCUGUCAGGUGACAUUCCCAGUGAGGAUCUUUAAGCUGAUGGGGGUGGAGUCUGUGCUGGUGACCAACGCCUCUGGAGGAAUCUGUCCAGACUUUAAAGUAGGCGACAUCAUGAUCAUCAAAGACCACAUAAACCUGCCAGGAUUCGCCGGACAACACCCUCUGUGUGGACCCAACGACGAGCGUUUUGGGAUCCGGUUCCCCUGUAUGUCCGAUGCGUACAGUAAGGACCUGAGGCGGCUGACGGUGGACGUCAGCAACGAGCUGGGCUGCAGUGACUUCAUCAGAGAGGGAGUUUACUGCAUGGUCAGCGGACCCAACUUUGAAACCAUCGCUGAGGCCAGAAUGCUGCUGAUCCUGGGCUGUGACUCUGUGGGGAUGAGUACAGUUCCUGAGGUGACGGUGGCGAAGCACUGUGGACUCAGAGUUCUUGGUCUGUCCCUCAUCACCAACAUGGUGUCUCUGGACUACAGUCGGGAGGAGAAGGUGAACCAUGAGGAGGUUCUUCAGAUCAGUAAGAUGAGGGCCGAGGUUCUGCAGAAAAUGGUCACCAUGUUGAUCUCCCGCUGCCAGCAGCAGAGCAUCAACACCCACUGACAUGUCAACGCUGACACGUCAACGCUGACACGUCAACGCUGACACGUCAACGCUGACACGUCAACGCUGACACGUCAACGCUGACACGUCAACGCUGACAUGUUAACACUGACACGUCAACGCUGACAUGUUAACACUGACAUGUUAACACUGACACAUCAACAACACCACAACAACACUGACACGUCAACAACAACACCAACACAACAACACCAACAUGUCAACACUGACACAUCAACUCUGACACGUCAACGCUGACAUGUUAACACUGACAUGUUAACACUGACACAUCAACAACACCACAACAACACUGACACGUCAACACCGACACAUCAACUCUGACAUGUCAAUACGGACACGUCAACACCAUCACAACAAAAUACUCUGACAGACCAGCAGAACUACAACAGCCACAGCGCUGUGUGUUAUCUGACUGGACUUGUUCUGUCUGUUGUCUGUUGUGGGAGUUGAACCUCUGUGUUGUAACUUUAUGCUGCUGUUAUGUUUCAGCUCUUAACGAACAAUAAAAAUGUCUGAAAAACUGAAGACUCUGAUUCAACAAAAA